UUAUUACACCUAGUGGAUGUUUUAGUUUAUUACACCUAGUGGAUGUUUUAGUUUAUUACACCUAGUGGAUGUUUUAGUUCCUUCAGAAAAGAAGAGUACCCUACGUCAUGGCCGAGACUUCCUGUAGGACGGGAAUACGUCUAGGAUUCAAACUCCGGACCACACCACCAGGCAGCAAUAAUUACAUUCUAUUUAUACUAACUCUGUAUACAUUUAGAAAGAUGUUCCUGAUCUUUGUCGUGGUCAUCGUAGCGGUAGUGUUAUUUCUGAUUUGCUCAUUCAUCGUUCUCUUCUGGCGCUCCGCUGAUGCAGACCUUUUAUUGUUGUUCAAGGAAAAAUUUGGCCGUGGUCCUGAAUCACUGAAAGGUCAAGUUGCUUGGAUCACUGGGGCUUCUAGUGGCAUCGGGGAAUAUAUUGCUUACGAAUUAGCAAGAGCUGGUUGUCGUUUGAUAUUGUCUGCACGAAGACGCGACGAGCUUGAAAGAGUUAGAUCUGCAUGCUUAAGAGAAGCUGCCGGUCAAUUGACAGCAGACGAUAUCUUGGUACAGGUGUUGGACGUACAAGAUUUUGAAUCACACAAGUCUCUAGUCAUCAAAGUUUUGGAACACUUUACAAAGAUCGACAUUCUGAUUAACAAUGCCGGAUGUAGCCAGAGAGCUAAAUGGAUGGACAUCGAACUGGACGUCGACAGAACUCUAUUUGAAAUUAAUGUUUUGGGCCCAGUCUCGCUGAGUCAAGUCGUUUUGCCCCACAUGAUGAAAAGAAAUAGGGGUACCAUUGUUAUUGUCAGCAGCAUGGUUGGAAAAUUAGGUUUGCCUCAUUCAAGGUCAUAUAACGGAACCAAAUCUGCAGUUCAGGCUUAUUUUGAAUGCCUGAGAACUGAAGUUGCUGACAACAACAUAUCCAUCACAAUAGCAUGUCCUGGACCAACAUUCUCUAACCUGUUUCUCCAUGCCGCAACCAGUAAGCACAAUGAGAAAUUAGGAAGAGCUAUGUCCAGAACAGAAAAACGAAUGACUACUGACCUUUGUGCUCAUUAUAUUGUUACUGCUCUGGCCAAUAAGCUUUACGAAGUUUGGAUUGCCCAACAACCUUGGCUAGCUAUUCUCUACAUUCAACAAUACAUUCCAGAUCUUGGAAGAUGGAUCCUGAUGAAAUUUGGCAAUAAAUAUCUGAUGAAAAUGAGAGAAGGUUAAAAGUCUGGCCUUUAAACAUCUGCAGGAAUAGACUCAACAUACACCUUUUUCUGUAGACUUGGCAAACAAAAAUGUCAUAACUAUAUAUAUAUAUAUAUAUUUAUGUAAUAUAAAGCUAAUUGUAAGGAGUAUGUAUUCUCGGGGCCGGUCCUACAGAUUGCGGGGCCCUGUGCGAAACUGAUUGCGUGGGGCACAGUAUGGGUAGGGAUAAGGAUAAUAAAUGAUAAUUAAGAUUUUGUAUUAGAAACUCAAUUCGUCUUUGCAUUUUAUCCAUACUUUACUAAGUACAAAAUCACUGUCAAAUUAACUUAAUGAGCUAUCUAUAGUAGAUAGUAGUUUUCCAACAAAAAGACUAUAAACAUUCAUAUCUGCCUUUUAGAUUUAGGCCUACUACGACUAGCAAAAUAUCGCUUUUUAAGAGAUCGAUAUAGAUUUAGAUCUAUAUUUGUAUUCACCUUAUUAUUACAUUUUUAUUAAAUGAAAGCGGACAAUGCGUAUUUUUUUUAUUGCGAGAAGAAUUGGCGUUUUAAAUAUUGAAUGACACCCAGAAAUGACAAUUAUGUAUUUUUUUAAAGAAGAUUUGCAUGAGUUUUCAGAUUUUAAUAAUUUCAGAUUUUCAUGACUUUUUCGUAUAUUUUGCAAUUUCAGAAUUCCAGGAACCCUUUUAAUAAUAAGUUAAAAUGGUUUAAUUUAAUACUUUACACCUAGAAUUCGCGCGGCCGGCCCUGUGUAUAGGCUACUAUCCUAACACAAUGACCUUAAUGAUGGAUGUAGUGUAACCGAGUUGUUUAUUUUCUGCGUGUGCGCGUGUCAGAAGGUCAUGUACAUAUUGUGUUCAUAGUACUUUAAACAAUCAGACAUGUGUGACGUUUUUGUGCUUGUUCAAUGUUAUAUUGUUGAAUAAAGCCAAGAUAUUGGUAA